AAACUUAUUGAAAUCCAGCCUAAGAGAUACCCCUCUUUGGAAUCAUGGAAAGCUUUUGUAUUUAACACAAAUCGUAGUGGCUCGGGACUUGUAAACCCAGUAGUGCUGGCUUAAUUCAACCAAUGAUGGUUUAAACAAAGUGUGGCAAAACCAAACAUGGGGAAAAAACCCACUAUUUUUCCCCCUUUUUCUUUCAGAUCUUCUUCCUUUGCUUUUCCCAUCAAGCUGGGGGCUUCAUGAACCCACCCCCAGCAGCACACCCAUGGUGGAAAUCAUCGAGCAGCCCAAACAGCGUGGGAUGCGCUUCCGUUACCAGUGUGAGGGCCGCUUGGCUGGCUCCAUCCCGGGAGAACGCAGCACUGACACCACCAAGACGCACCCCACCAUCAAGAUUCACAAUUACCAGGGCCCGGGGAAGGUCCGCAUCUCCCUGGUAACCAAGGAAGCCCCACAUCGGCCUCACCCCCACGACCUGGUGGGCAAGGAUUGCAAAGAAGGCUAUUACGAAGCCGAGUUGUCUCCAGAGCGCUCCAUUCACAGCUUCCAGAACCUGGGAAUCCAGUGUGUACGGAAACGGGAUCUGGAAAAGGCCGUGGCAAAGCGGAUCGAGACCGGGAACAAUCCGUUCAACAUGCCGAUGGAGGAGCUCAAAGGAGAUUACGACCUGAAUGCAGUUCGACUCUGUUUCCAGGUCUGGAUUCGGGAUACGGGCACGGGGCACGUGAUGCAGCUCCCUCUGGUGGUCUCCCAACCGAUCUAUGACAAUCGUGAGUAUUUGGCCAGAACCCUUGGUGUCAAACUUAAGGCCUGAGGCCGGAUCCGGCCCAAGGG